UUUUAGAUUACAGAUGUCAAAUAUUUUAGGUCAUAGCAUAGAUUGCAGCUACGUCGUGAUAAUGGACAAAGUUAAAUAGUUCAUAUACAAUCGUGUACAACAUUUAUCAAAGCAAAAAUAAGAUAUAUUACAACUGUUAAAUCGUUGUCUCACACACUCGCGCACGCGCGCACGAAAAAGGAUUGGCUGUUUCACUGCAGUAAAAUAUCCUAUGGGGGGGGGGGGGCUAUAUUGUAACGAUUGCUUCGUGUAAGCGACACCUACCACUACGGUAUAUGAUUUUUGAAAACAUCUGCUACGUCAUUCAUACUAAGCAGGUCAGCAGGUUUAACCAAAACAUCAUAAAAUAAAAUGCAGAUAAGGUAAAAAAAUGCAUAGUCGAUAUAUAAUAUUUAGAUUCAUUAACGGUUCUCCAAAGCAUGCUGUUUGCACACCACCAUAUACAAACACAGACACACACACACAAACACAGACACACACACAAACACACACACAUACUAACUCAGCACCUUAAACAAAAGGAACGGUAUCUUAGUAAACACAUGUCAUUUGUAAUUUUGUUCGUACGUCGUACAUGUUGCAACCAGCACGAUCGGAUGAUGAUACAGGCAUGUACAAAUACUACACGACAUUCUGUGAAGGAUAUGGCGGAUGGGACUGCACGUGUGAUCAGGGCUCGGGAUGCUACGUCCCUAAAGAUAUUUGCGAUGCCCGGCAGCAAUGUCAGUCCCUUGCCGGGAAUGACUGUCAUGAUGACGAACAGUUUUGCGGUAUUGUUUCCAUUUCCAUGACUUGGUUUUGUACGUGUUAGAAUACUUCUUAAGGUGCAGAACAGACAAUACAAAGGGACUAAUGUUUUAAAAGGAAAGCAUUGCUCUCGUAUUUUGCUUGUCGAUGUCUCACAUCACGUUUAACAUGCGCGAGCCGCAUGUUUUCUAUAAUCUCUACCAGGCAUUUAGACUGACAUAAACUAUUAUUAAAUGAGUUACUUUAUUACAAUAUGAAAUCAUAGGUAUACACACUGAAAGCAGAAUUCUAACAUGGGUACUACAGACAUUUUAAUUCAAUUUUUUUUAUAAUAACCCCCCCCCCCACCAAAUGUAUUUGGCAGAUUGUGUAGAUAUCUUUGUGUGUUUUAUGUCAAAGUAUAGCAAACGUUUCUGUCGUGCGAAAAUGCACAUUCACAGAAGACUUUUGUCAUACUGUCGAUGGCUUCGACUGUGGUUGGCCAUGGAACCAGUGCAUCUCCAAACACCUUGUAUGUGAUAUGCAUCCUGACUGUGAAUACAUGGAUAAUGCAACUUUAACUUUUUACGGUCCUGCUGACGAACAGAACUGUGGUGAGUUUUAUGCCUCUGCAUCUUUUCAAGACUCCCAAUACAGAGGUUUAAUGCGAUUUUUUUCUGAUUUCUGUUAAAAGAUGCGUGUCCAAAAAGAAAGAUAAGGCAUUUGUAGGCUAUAGAAAUUGAAGUAUAUUAGCAAAGGGCUACAUUCACUAUUUUCAUGUGCCAGUUGCAUUUUAUUUCUUGGACAGCUUGACCUUAAACUAUUUUAUCUUAUUAUGGUCUGACAAUAACCGUGAUGUGUCCGACGGUUUCAAGUAAGGAAAUAAAAAAGAAAACUCAUUCUAAUUUCAAUUACAGGAACUUGUGACGGGUAUUGGCACGCUCUGGAAGAAUAUAAAGAAAGAAGAAAGGAAAAGGAAAUCUCGGUAUCAGAUAAAAGCUACAAUCACAUCUGUAGCUUAGGAAAAUGUGGAGCUACAUUCCACCUAUGUGACGAUCGCGACUUUUGUGGUAACUGGGAGGACGAGCAAGACUGUGAAGUCUUCGAUUGCCUUCAUGAUGAAAGAAAAUGCGAAGCAACAAAGAAAUGCCCGUCUGACCCCUCCUGCAACGGAGUACCAGGAUGUUUGGAUUCUACCGACGAAAAUGAUUGCAGUAUUACAACCUGCAUGGAUACAGCGGUACGCCUAGGUGUUUCUGACCAACACAAGGAAAUCGAAGUCACUCAAAACUGCGACGGGAAAGAAGACUGCAGGACAGGAGUUGAUGAGAAUCCACGAAGAUGUGCCAUGUAUGCAGACCGACUGCCAUGCCUCAAAUCUAACCGGUUUGUUUCGGAAAACUCAUUCUGUGACGGUUUUCCUGACUGCUAUGAUGCUUCAGAUGAGGACGCCUGCAUUGGCAUUAAAGCUUGUUUGCUACCUAUAUCUUUGCUGGUUGAUGGUUAUACAUUUGAGGAAGGCAUCGGAGCAAGCCAUUCACACCACGAAAUCCGAGGGCUGUCCAUGGUGGAAUGGGUGGUUGACAGUGUGGAGGACUGGCUGCAAAUCACCCUCGAAAAUCCUGUACAGCUGUCCGCAAUAGUCAUUUCUGGUUCAAGGUCAUACCAUCCUCCCUCAUUUACGCUAAGAUACGGGCAUAGGGCUGACUGUUUAGCAACGUACAUGGAGAGGGAGGAAGUCAAGGUAUUCACAACAUCUGAGGUGCGUGCACACUCACAUAAGCAUUACCUGGCUAUAGCAGUGCACACCACAGUCGUGAAACUUACCCUGCAGCCUCCACUGGACAUGACUGUUUUGGACGUCGGCCUAUUGGGUUGCCCCAUCAAAGAGCAACGCUUGAAUGAAAAAUCCUGUGGAAAAGGUUGGACGAUGUUUCAAGAGAGUUGUUACCAGAUGUUUACUUCUCCGCUUGUGUGGUGGGCUGCGGAGAGGUACUGCCAAGCUCUCGGUGGUCAUCUGGCUUCCGUCAACACACCACAGGAGAAUAAAUUCCUCCGCAGUAACAUUGGAAAUGGAUGGAUAGGAAUGAAGCUUGACGCAGUCGUCAUGAAGAAACAACGGGAGAAAAUUAACAACUUUACUUGGAGCAAUGGAAGUCCUACAGGGAACGCCUUCAAGAAGCAGGACAUUGAACUCGAUGCUUUCCAGGAAUACCUUCGGAGACUCAAUGAUCCUUUUUGUGCCAGUCUAGAACUUCAUGGUUUGUGGAGCCUCCAGCCCUGUAGCCUGAUUGAAAGAGAACUUAUUUGCGAGAAAGCAAUCAUGGAAUAG